AUGAGUCUUAUUUUGAGAUACAUUAAGAAGGGUGUAAUUCAAGAAAAUUUUAUUGCAUUUAUUGAUUGUCACACAUAUAUGUAUGAACCAAAAUUAACUGGUGAAAUUUUGGGCAAUACUGUUCUUAAGAUAUUGAAACAUUUUUCUUUAGACCCUCAAUACUGUGUUGGAGUAGGUACAGACGGAUGUUCUGUAAUGGUAUCUUCUAUCAGGGGAGCUAUUAAAACAAUACAAUCAGUUGCUAAAAAUGCUAUACGUUGUUCUUGUGCUAAUCAUGCAUUAAAUUUAGCCAUUUCCAAAUCAUCAACAGUUCAAAGUAUAAGAAAUAGUGUUGGUCUUGUAAAAGAAAUUGUUUCAUUUUUUAAUAUGUCUGCAAAAAGAAACUUUGUUCUAAAAUCAGUUUUAAAUGGAAAACCUCACUUAAAAAGUCUAUGUGAAACGAGAUGGACGGACCGCCAUGAUAGCAUAGCAAUUUUUAAAUCUUCAAUGUCUGACAUAAUAGAAGCCCUGACCAAUAUAUCAGAAUGGAAUGAAUUAGUUUCAUCAUCUAAAUUAUCUAAAGCCAAAACUCUUUUAACAGCUAUGUGUACAUGUGAAUUUAUAAUUUCAAUUAAUGCCUUAUCUAACAUAUUAUGUGUAACAGCUCCUAUAAGCAGAAUACUUCAAGGCAUUGACAAGGAUGUAUUAGCUGCAUUUGAAUGUAUUCAAAAUGCAGUAACUAUUUUGGAAAAUAUGCGUACAAAUUGUGAUACAGUAUUUAAGCAAAUAUUUGAAGAGAGCUGUUCAUUAAUGAAAAACUUUGAAAUUGAAGUAAAUACUCCAAGGUUAUCUAAACGUCAAACUCAACGUUCUAAUCACCCAUCUGAAACUACAGAAGAUUUUUAUAGGGUGUCUCUAUUUAUACCAUUGGUGGAAAAUGUGUUAGAAGAUUUAAAGUUACAGUUUUUAAGUAAACAAAACCAGACGGUAACAAUUUUGAGUCAACUUAUACCAAAAUUUAUUGUAGAUGUAAAUGAUGAAAAUAUUGACUCAAUAGUAUCAAUAAUGAAAAAUGGUUAUAGAUUUGAUGAUGACUUAUUAGAACUAUUGGAAGAAUCACAAUUAAAAUCAGAAAUACAACUAUGGAAAGAAAAGUGGAAAACAAUAAAAAAUGAAGGUGGAGAUGUAAUAAAAUAUGCAUUAACAGCUAUUGACCAAUGUAAUGGUAUACUUGUAGUAUUAAAAAGAGAGUUCAGAAGGCUGCUCCGCUGA